CAGCAUAACAUUAUUACGAAGAGGACGGUCAUCAUCAAUAAAUCAGUACUCAUCAUCAUCAAUAAAUAAUCAAGUUCAAGCAAAGUCAAUACAUAUAAAGGACUGAUACCAAUACGUGAGCUAAGUAACAGAGUGUACAGUGAGUUUGUUCCAAUUGCCUACUACCCACCCGUAUCCAUUUUAUCACUUAGAUUUGAAUAAAUUACUUUAUUUCCUUACUUUAAAUAAGUGAAUUCCAACUACUUUCUUUAAUUAUUUAAUAUUUUUAGACAAGUUAUCAUUACCUACCCUACACUUUUAGGUUUAAUAGAUUUUUUUACUCAAUUAAUUGCAUACGGUUGUCAUUAUAUACAUUAUAUAUAUAAUUCAGUAUCUCAUUUUAAGUAAAUCUUUCAUCGUAAUUUAAGUAAAUAUCGUAAUAUAACUAUUUCAUUGAAUAUUUUUAAUAUCAUAAUAAUUCUUCAGUGUCAUUAGUGUUUGGAGUUGCCUCGUAUGUAUUAAAAUUCGAAUAGGCAAUCUAUACUUAAUACCUAUUUGUGUUUAACAGUUUUGCUAAUUCCAGCAGUGUUACAUCGGAGAAAUCGUUGAGCUAGCGGAGCGUACUAGGUGCCCGGGCGCAUAAUUCGUGCCCUGUCACGACCCGCAUUUGCUGACUUUAUAAAAUAUAAGUAUACCGUCUUACUUAAAUUUAUUUCUUUCGAUUUGUGCCUAUACCACUUAACUAUUUCUAAUAUAAACAUAGUGAUUUGAACUUGAAAUUUGCUUUAGAUUUUACCUAAAAUAAUACAAAAUGGAUUUAAAAUCUUUAAUUAAAAAGCGUGGUAGUUACAAAGCUAGACUUACGCAAUUCUCUUCAUAUCUAAAUGUAAAUCAAUCAUGUGAAUCACUUUCUAGUUUACAAAUUAAUGAGCUCAACAUAAGAUUAUCAAAAAUUGAGGAACUUUAUUCAGAUUUUGAUUGUACGCAAAUUGAAAUAGAAAAUUUAUCUGAAAUUCCAGACGAUCAGUACAAAGAACGCGAAACAUUCGAAACUCAGUACUUCGGCGUGAUAGCUGCCGCUCGAGAUAUGUUGACGCGGUCAGCGCCUGCGAGUGCUGAAACGGACUCAGGUUCGGUUGCUGGUUCUGCAUCUAAAGGUUGGCCAAAAUUGAAAUUGCCUUCUAUCAGUAUACCGAGCUACUCGGGCCAGUAUCUCAAUUGGUUGGAAUUCCACGACACUUACUCCACUCUCAUACAUUCAGAUAAUUCAAUUCCUAAAAUUAAUAAAUUUCACUAUUUGCGCGCUGCACUUAAAGAUAGCGCCGCAUUAAUCAUUAGUUCACUUGAUUUCUCAGCUGAAAAUUAUGAUGUUGCAUGGCAGCUUCUAUGCGAACGGUAUAACAAUAAAAGACUUUUAAUCAAUAAUCAUAUUCAUGCUAUUUUUGCUAUUGAGUCUAUACAAAGAGAGUCGGCUAAGGCAUUGCGCAACAUUAUAGACACUGUCAAUAAAAAUCUGAGAGCUCUCAAAACACUUAAAUUACCCACUGACCACUGGGACAUAUUAAUUAUACAUAUAGUCUCGAGUAAACUCGAUAUCAUUACAACUCGCGAAUGGGAAACGUAUCGUAAUAAUCUUAAAGAUAUUCCAUCGCUUUUAGAUUUCAAUACCUUUUUAAAAAAUCGUGCAGAUCUAUUGGAAACAAUGGACGAGUCACAAAACCGUAGGCACAGUGAUACUACACAUACACGUCACAAAUCUUUUAUAGCGAACUCACACUCUCCACCCACUCGAACAUACACAUGUCCCUUAUGUAAACACAACCAUGCUAUUUAUCAAUGUCCAAAAUUUAAAUCGUUGCCAGUUGAAAUAAGAAUACAAAAGGCAAAAUCAUUAAAAUUAUGUAUUAACUGUUUGCGUCAAGGACACAAUGAAACCAAAUGCAAACUAGGUCACUGCAAACUUUGUCUUAACUCUCAUAAUACUUUACUUCAUGUCAAUCAUUCAUCACUUACACCACAGUCAUCUACUAUUCCAACUUCAACAAGUAGCAGUGUCGUCUUGACUAAUUCACAUCAGAAUAACACAAAACAGAAAACAAAACCAAUUGAUGACACAUCGUCAAAAUCUUUAACUACACAUAGUGAUAUAGUCCUUUCCUCUGUCGAUAACACGCAAAAUGUUGUAUUAUUAUCCACAGUCACGUUUUACUCUGUUAUGUCCAUGGUACUGCUCAUGUCUAUAGGCGACGGUUACCACUUCCCAUAAGGUGGGCCGUCAGCUUGUUUGCCAUUCUAAGUUGUAUAAAAAAAAAGUGUUUACCUAUUAGAAAUUACUGUACUAUACUAAUUAUAGAGGGCGAAAU